ACUUUUUGGAUUCUCAACGCUUCUGUUUCUCAUUUCUUCUCUCUUCAGAGUCCACUCCGAAUCUAAUCCAUUUAUGUUUUGUUCUUCGAAGAAAUUGACAUCUUUCUCUCUUUGUGUCUCCCUCAUUAACUUUGUUUUUGUCCAAGGACAACUCUGCCCUAAUUUUACGCUCCUGCCGUAAUUUCAUUCAGCAGCAUCUGUCUUAGUCCAAGGACUUGUCUUGUUAUGUUUUUUUGAAAGACACAAAGACUUAAACUUUAAGCAUCUGUUGAUUGUUCGGUUCUUGAAACUCCGAUUUAAGUCAUUAGAUCUGACUUAGCUUAAGACUAAUCAAGCUUUUUUAGCUGACAUGCCAAAAGCAAUAAACAGUAGCAAAAAAAAACUGUUCCUUUUAUUCGGUUGGUGCAUUGGUUGUUGGUGUUCUUAUCAACUUUCUUCUUCUAUUAAUUAGCUUUUGGUUUGGGUUUUUGUCAUUUUUGUUCUAGUUGCCUCUAUUCUGAAAACUCUGCAGCAACAAUCUCUAUCUGGUAAUUUAUCUUUAUUUGUACAAAAGAUUAAGAUUUUGAUUAGCUGGUUAGGUGUUCAAGAGAAAGUUUUGAUCUUUUUUUGGGGGGGAUGAAGAAAGUGUAUAGGAAGCUGAUUUGGAUCAGAGACCCAUUAGCGAGAUUGAAGAGACAUGUUAGUUCACAUUCAGGGUUUAGGUUUUUCAGAGAUAGAAAAUGGAUGUUCCCUUUUUUAGCAAGCUUGGUUUUGUCGGUUACUCUUUUGAUGUCUGUCCUUUAUGUCCAACUCGAGACUUCUUAUGUGGAAGAGCCAUUGCCUUUUGAUAAUCUCUCAGAAGAAACAAAUGAUUACUUUGUAGAAUCACAAUUGAGAAUGUCUUUGAAUUCGACGUUGGAUUCGACUUCUUCAGAGGUUCCUAGGUUAGCUUAUUUGAUCUCGGGGACGAAAGGUGAUAGUCUUAGGAUGAUGAGGACUUUGCAAGCUGUGUAUCAUCCAAGAAAUCAGUAUGUUCUGCAUUUGGAUCUUGAAGCUCCUCCUAAGGAAAGGCUUGAGCUUGCAAUGUCUGUGAAGAGUGAUCAAACUUUCCGUGAAGUUGAGAACGUUCGUGUUAUGUCUCAGUCUAAUUUGGUUACUUAUAAAGGCCCUACAAUGAUUGCUUGCACGCUUCAGGCCGUGGCGAUUUUGCUUAAAGAAAGCUUGGAUUGGGAUUGGUUCAUCAAUCUUAGUGCCUCGGAUUAUCCUCUUGUGACACAAGAUGAUAUGCUGUAUGUGUUUGCGAAUUUGUCUCGGAAUGUCAAUUUCAUUGAACAUAUGAAGCUCACCGGGUGGAAACUGAACCAAAGGGCCAAAUCAAUCAUUGUUGAUCCCGGUCUUUACCUAUCGAAGAAAACCGAAAUUGCUUGGACUACUCAACACCGUUCACUUCCCACAUCUUUCACGCUGUUCACAGGCUCGGCGUGGGUAGUUCUGACUCGGUCUUUUCUUGAAUACUCAAUCUUGGGAUGGGACAAUUUUCCGAGGACGAUCUUGAUGUACUACACCAACUUUGUAUCCUCUCCAGAAGGAUACUUUCACACACUGAUAUGUAACACUGAAGAGUUCAAGAGCACCGCGAUUGGGCAUGACCUGCACUACAUUGCUUGGGACUAUCCUCCAAAGCAACACCCAAACUCUUUAUCGAUGAAGGAUUUCGACAAGAUGGUCAAAAGCAAAGCCCCAUUUGCUCGAAAGUUCCACAAGAACGAUCCUGUAUUAGACAAGAUCGAUAGAGAGCUCUUAGGCCGCACUCAUCGGUUUUCCUCAGGAGCUUGGUGCAUUGGUAGCUCGGAAAAUGGCGCUGAUCCGUGCUCUGUCCGCGGGGAUGACUCUGCUUUGAAACCAGGCCCUGGUGCUGAGAGAUUAAAGGAGCUUCUUCAGACACUUUUAUCUGAUGAGUUCAGAAUAAAACAAUGUUCAUGACAGGUAAUGAUCCAAGCUCAAAAUGUAAAUUCAUUGUGUUUUAGUUGUACUCAUAGGUCAUAGCCUCAUAGGUUUCCAUAUAAAGUUAUACAAAACGAUCCAUGUCACCCAAAAUUUUAGAUAUAAAGCAAUUACAGU